CCACAUUGUCUCUUGGGCAGAGAGAGAAGAAGGAAGUCUGACUUGUUGCGGCAGCAUCUUGUGAAGGUAAGUCUGCACUUUGCCUUUGUGCAUUUGUGUUUUAACUUUAAAGAACUAAUAAAUCAAGCGUGUAGGAACUAAAAUGCGCCAAACUUAAAUUAUAUACAUUUAGCAUCGUAAACUGUCUAUACUUAAAGCAAACUGCAGAUUAUCCUCACUUAGUUAAAGAUACGCUUGACUGAUUUGAAUGAUAUUAAAGGUGCAUUGCCAAGAGUUGAACACAGCUGAUAAAUUAGUUCAACUUUAUCUUAUGAACUCUUGAUUGAUUAUUUUAUCACGUCAAGCUGUUUAAGUGCAAUACUAAGUAAAACAAAAAAACAGACCAAGUCUCACCACCUCUUAAAUUAGGCUUUACUCAGCACUUUCUUAGUUUUCAUCCAUUUUUUAAAAAACAGUAACACAAUGGCAAUUCCAAAAGAGCUGGGCGCGAUGGAAAUGUUGAUUAAAACUGAUUUUGAUGAUCUGCAAACCGAUAUCAAUUUAAUUGAAAGUACUGCAGAGAAACUUAUGAGUUAUCUGGUGUUCACGCAAGGUCAGGAUCAAAGAAAAACUAAUUACUGAUGUGUGAUUCCAAUGAAGUGGUUUCAGUUCUGUUUCAGAAAAAAGAACUGGGGAACUGGUUCCAAAUAAAAACCACUGAAUGUUUUUAAAGCUUCAUUGUAGAUGUUCAAUGCCUUUAUUCCAGGCACACCUUGUGUAAUGGAAGUUGGACUGAGCCCAAAUUUGGUGGUACAGAUUGUUCUCUGAAGUUUUCUGAAAGGACACCAAGCCCUGUUGCGUGCUGAGGCAUCUGGUUCUGCUUUAGGGGGCGUAUCAGUUGUCUCCUGCCUUUUCUCCCCUUGUACAGUGUCUGUAAAAUUCAAUACAGGAGUCUGUAAUUUACUCGUGAGAUAAAGUCUCCCGGUUUCCAACAACAUAAAAUCUUCAUGCUGAAAAAUUUACAGCAGUCACCUCAGGCUGUCUUGAAAAGAUUGAGAUCAUAAACAUAUCAGGACAAUAUGUUUCCGAGGGAAUAAGUCAACUGAGAGGGAGGACCAUUUUCUCAUAGAUUUCUAUAUAAUUGUACUUUUUUUCUAUUAAUUGUUUUUUACUUUUUUACUAUUAAUUGUACUAUUUUCUAUUUUUUUUUAUUAGGAAGCAAGAAGCAGGGAUGGCCCAGAUUUAAGGGGAAGUCUAAUUCAAAGACAAAACUUUUUCUUUUUUCUUUCUCUUUAAGAUAAGAUGAAGAAGAAGUUGCUCAUCGAUGUGGAUACUGGUGUGGAUGAUGCCCAGGCCAUCAUGAUGGCUCUGGCAUCUCCUGACGUGGAGAUCCUGGGCAUCACAUGCACACAUGGUAACACAAGUUUGGACAACUCCUGCAAGAACACACUCAGGGUGCUAGAUAUCUGCGGCAGGAUGGAUGUGAGUAGAAGUCAUGUCCAAACUUGCAUGUAAUGACAACCUUUCCAGUGAACUGUAUCUCAGUAAACUCAUUCAUGUUGUUGCCUGUGUACAGAUCCCAGUGUUUCGCGGCUGUGAAUACUCUAUGCUUGAUGAAAAACGCGAAGCUUCAGAUUUCCAUGGAAAAGAUGGGCUGGGUGACUCCCCAGAUCCAAACGCCCCAGGCCUGGACAAGCUGCAGAAGAGGAAAGCUGUGCAAGCCAUGAUCAAGAUUGUAAAAGAAAACCCUGGGGAGGUUGGUGGAUGAUAAAACUCAAAAAGAAAAAACUCGCAGGGAAUUUUAAAAGUCAUAACCAGGUUUAUGGGUAAAGAAGAUCGUAUGCACAAGGAGUUUCUUACACUUUCGGUGCAGAAACUGAAGAAGAAGAAUUGCUCAUUCACUGUGACUCAAAUACAAUUGAAACAAAUCAUUAGAAAAAGUCUGGAGCACUAUUUUAAAAUUGGUGAGCACAUAUUGGUUUCAUUAUUAUUUUAAUCUAAGAGUUUAUUUAGCACUUUAAGGAAUUUUUUUUUUUUCUUUUGGUUAUUUUUUCCCAUAAAUGAUUCAUUUUGGUGUCAUUUUUCAGAUCUUGGGUAAUAAUUGUAAUGAAUUGAUUUCAAUUAUGGUACUUGAGGAAAUACAAAUUAUUAUGUAUAAUAGAGUUUUUAAAGACUGGCACAUUUGGCACAUCUGGUUCCUUUUUUCCAAACAGGAACCUUUUUUUGCACACUGGUGCAGAUGAGAAAAAAAGUUUUCAGGAAGGUUUUAUUAAAAAAUACAAAUAUCUACAUAUCCUCUAAAAAUUCAAUCUAUUAUUCAAAUACUCUAAAUAAGAUCAAUGUCAGAAUGAAAGCAGUGUUUUGGCAGCAUGGUUAAAUGUAAAGUAUAAUCAUCAGAAUCAGAACUGUUUAUUUAUCGUGGGAGAAACCAGACCAGUUUGUUGGGAAUGUUUGAAUCCUGUUCAUGUUUAAAAAGUUAUCAAAUAGUUUGAACCAAGUCAGUAAACACUAUGGCGUUUUUAAUCACUUUUUUCUAUGUGUGCAGGUGACUCUCGUUGCCACAGGGCCCCUCACUAACGUGGCCACUGGGAUGGUAUUGGACCCUUACUUCCCUAAAAAACUGAAAGAGCUCUACAUCAUGGGAGGAAACACCGAAUGUGAGUUUUUCUUUAUCUGAAUCCCCAAAGAUCUUUGUUAUUAUUUGAUAAAGCAAACAUGUAGGAACUUUUCAUGUGUGCGUGUGUGUGUUCAGCUCGAGGAAACACCACCUCGUGUGGAGAGUUUAACUUUGUGGCCGACCCCGAGGCUGCGUACAUCGUUUUUAAACGUGUCACCUGCCCCACCUACAUCGCCACCUGGGAGUUCAGCUGCAGAAACAGUCUGCCCUGGGUGUGUGCUAAGCUUAUCAUGAGAAUCAAAAUUUGAAUACUUGCCAGAGGAUACACUAGCCCUUGAUUUACUUCUCAACACAUUGAUUUCAGCUUCACUUACCUGUCUCUUUGUCUCUCUUAGUCUUUCUGUGACAAGUGGCUGGCUCAAGACACAGAUAAGGCUCGUUUCAUGAAGAAGAUUUACAAGCACACUCAAGAGGUAGGAGGUCACCUGAGCGUUUGACGUCUCCUGAUGUAAUCUCUGUAAACACAAAAUGAAGCAGCACGUGAGCGAGAAACUUCACAAGAGUCUAGGACUUUCUUAUUAAAUACAAUCCAUCAGGUUAGAUGGGAUAAAAAUGCUCCACAGACGAAAUCCAGUAGCAAAAGCAGCUCACACAGAAGGCAAAUUAAGUAAAAUAAUUAAUCUUGUAAACAAACUGUGCUUAUGCAAUCUCUCCCUUGGGGGAUUUGCAUCUUUGAUGUAUUGUUCUUACACUUGACAAGCUUGACAGACUGAAGGCGUUUAAUUUCGUUUCUAUCAAAGGGACAUGACUCAGUAUCUUGUACAAGAUUCAUGUUAAUUUCCUUCACUGAUUUGUGUUUUGCAGGUGAUCCAGUCUGCUGAAUACGAGAAGGAGACGGUAGGCAAGCCUGGAUUCAACACCUGUGACUGUUACACCAUGGCUGCAGCAAUCAAUCCCAGUGUAGUGAAAGCCAGUGAAGAGGUGAAACCAUUGUUUAGAGUUCCUUAUUUUCUUUCAAUGAAUUGUAUGAUGUGUUUAAUGGAGGAGGUGACUUCAUGACUUCUUGUUUUCCUUCCUCAGGUCCCAGUGUCAGUGGAGCUGAAUGGGAAAUACACCCGAGGCAUGAUGGUGCUCGACUACAUAGGUCUCCUGCCGAAUAAACACAAGGUCACCAUCUUAAAGAAAUUUGACCUGGAGAUAUUCAAGGACAUGCUAAUGAGCGCUCUGAAAUAAUUAAAAAAGUUACGAUAUCUGCAGUCACAAGUCAUACAAGUAGUUGCCGCAAACAGUACAAAAAGUAUGAUAACGCAAAAGCUUUGAGGGUGGUGGGUGUCAUGAUGAGAUAAUAUUUCAAUUGGCCAGUAGGUGGCACUGUCAUUUCAUGAAUGAGGUUGCAUGACAUGUUUACUAUGACAACAAGUGAUACAAGCUAGGCUAAGAGAUGAGCAUGUUUUCAAGCAGAUAUAAAAUUAGUUGCAGAAAUAAAACAUGUUACAGACAAACAAAA